AUGACUCACUUGAGCGCGUUUGGUGGGUUGUUUUCCGACCCGCCGCUGGUCUCUACGGAUAUCGACCCCAAGAAGACAGAUCCAUAUGACAAAAUGGACACCAUUCCGUCUCGUUAUCUUGGGAAGGGGAUGUCGAUUGGACGUUGUCCCUCCGGUAAUGGUCCUGAAGUGUUUUUUGACAAGAAGUUUCUCACAUUGGCGUCCGCGGAGCAAAACAACAAUAAAAGCGUGGGCCCUUUUGAGGAUGCCACAACUCGCAUGCAUCGUGAGCGGCGUGAGGCGAAAAAACACAACAUCUCUAAUAAAGAUUUCCUUCCGCCAUCUUUCCCCAAGUCAAUUAACGGACCAGGUGGUUACAGCGGUUGCUUCCAGGAACGACCAUAUGAAUUCAUCAUGCCGGGAGAAGAAGGUGGACCUAAAUCCAAAAAAUCUAAAAGAAAGAAGAAGGCCUCCUCCUCGGAGGAGGACUCCAAAGGAAAAGAACUCCUGCCAAACAUCAAGACUAAUCCCUCCAAAAAGGGAACGUACGGUUACGUGGGAAUUCUCCUUGACAAUCCCAAAUACAAUGAUGAUUGGCGGAAGGAGCACGAGAAAUUAGAGGCUGCUGAGGCUAAAAAGCGUAAGAAACUUGCGCCUCCUAAACCUCUGGGGCCUUUAUUCAGGACACCGGGUGUUAUACAUGACUAUUUGGAUGAGCUCCCAGCCACAGGUGUUUCUGGUGUCUACCAUUUUGAACCAGCAGAUGAGAAACCAUCGAAGCGGAAGCGAAAAAACAAACAAGAAGCGGCAGGUCCGACAUUUGUACAGGAGAGAGCCAUGACAUUUGUGUGGACGAGAUCUGGAAAUGAAGGUAACAUCGAUCCAUUUCCCAACACAUGGAUUGAUGUUGCAGCAUUGGAAGAAGAGGAAAAGAAAAAGAACAGGAGACGAAGGAGGGCAAAAGCCAAAGACACGUAUGUUCCGGGACCUCCAAAAGGUGCGACUGGUGUCUGGAAACCCAAUACAUUUGAAUGCACAAGUGUAGUUCAAUCAUGUUUGCGCCGUUUUUAUUAA